AUGUCCUCGCGUUACGACUCCCGCACCACCACCUUCUCGCCUGAGGGACGUCUUUAUCAAGUGGAAUAUGCGGAAGAGGCAAUAUCGCAGGCGGGCACUAUCAUCGGAAUUCUCACUACUGGUGGUGUCGUGCUUGGCGCUGAGCGGGGGCAGCAACAUGGGUUGUUCGAUACAGAGAACAUGGAGGAUAGAAAUAUAAGUGGAGAAAAAGUGUAUAAGAUUUCAAAUCAUCUCGGCUGCAGCGUCGCUGGCGUAACUUCUGAUGCCUACGCACUAAUCAACUACGCUCGACUGAGUGCAGCCCGCCACUUUUACAGCUUUCAGGAGCCGAUAGCCGCGGAAGACCUCUGCCGCAUGGUGUGUGACGAGAAACAGCUGUACACCCAGUAUGGUGGUGUGCGUCCCUUCGGUGUGUCAUUUCUCUUUGCAGGGUGGGAUCGCCACUAUGGCUACCAACUUUACCACACAGAUGCAAGCGGUAACUAUAGCGCAUGGCGGGCGUAUGCCGUUGGACAAAAUGACCAGGUUGCACAGUCACUUCUCAAGCGUGACUGGAAACCGGAACUUACACUGGAGGAGGGCAUUGUGCUUUGCCUACGGGUCCUCGGUAAGACGAUGGACGCUGUGAAGCUUACGCCAGAGCGCUUGGAGGUGGCGGUGCUCCAACGCGUUCAGGCACCACUGACCCAAAAAUUACUGGACCCGUACGGUGUGAACCCAAAGAUGGUUCCGAGCUUUAAAAUCUUGACUGAUGAAGAGCUGAAACCACAUGUUGAUGAAGCAAACAGACAACGUGAGGCUGAGGAGGCGGAAGAAGCGGAAAAGGAGAAAAAGAACGAGAAGCGCUUGGCCUCGCCGUAA